CUAUUCUCUUCACAGCAGGGAGAAUAUAGAGACCCCGGUCACAUGCAAUUCCGGGACGUGUAAAUAGACAGUACGUAACUGGAAGGUUUUUUUUUUUUAAGAAACAAAAAUAUCGCUGUGACAAAGUGGCAGGUGCUCCAUGAAGAAUGAAAGAUGCUGCUGUCCCUGGGAAUGCUGAUUUUGUCUGCCACACAGAUCUACACCAUCUUUACAGUGCAGCUGUUUGCCUUCUUGAACCUUCUGUCUGUGGAUGCAGACAUUGCAGUCUACUCUUCUGAUAACAAGACCCAAACCUUUGAUGAUUUGCCAGCCAGGUUUGGUUACAGACUUCCCAGUGAGGGAUUAAAGGGAUUCCUGGUGGGUGCAGUGCCGGAGAAUGCCUGCGAGAGCAUUGAUCCUCCACCCCUAAAGGACAACUCGACGGGUGCCUUCAUUGUGUUGAUAAAACGCUUUGAUUGCAAUUUCGACGUUAAGGUUCUUAAUGCCCAGAAAGCUGGAUAUAAGGCAGCAAUAGUUCACAAUGUGGAGUCUGAUGAUUUGAUUAGCAUGGGAUCCAAUGAUGUGGACAUUGUGAAACAAAUAGACAUUCCUUCAGUAUUUAUUGGUGAAGGGACAGCCAAUUUUCUUAAAGAAGAGUACUCCUACGAAAAAGGUGGUCACAUAGUUCUUCUGCCUGAUUUCAGUCUACCCCUUGAAUACUACUUGAUUCCCUUUCUCAUCAUAGUGGGGAUUUGUCUUAUCCUUAUUGUCGUUUUUAUGAUUACAAAGUUUGUGCAGGACAGGCACAGAGCCAGAAGGAGCCGCCUUCAAAAAGACCAGUUAAAGAAGCUGCCUAUACAUAAAUAUAAGAAAGGAGAUGUAUAUGAUGUUUGUGCCAUCUGUCUAGAUGACUAUGAAGAAGGAGACAAGCUGAGAGUGCUACCUUGCUCCCAUGCUUACCAUUGCAAAUGUGUUGAUCCCUGGCUGACUAAAACUAAGAAAACCUGCCCUGUUUGCAAGCAGAAGGUGGUGCCUUCACAGGGAGAUUCGGACUCUGACACUGACGAGGCAGACAGCAGUCACGAGGAGAACGACGACGUUUCAGAAAGCACGCCUCUGCUGAGAUCUCUCGCCUCCACCAGCGCUCACUCGUUCGGCACCAUGUCCGAGUCUCGGUCCCGCCAGGAAGCGAUAGAGUCCUCGGAGUACGAGGAUGACGACGAUCCUGAGAUUGACAGCAGCCAGUCCGAGGAGGAAGCAGCGAGUGUGGAGACUGUGGUUGUUCAGCUGCAGCAGAGUCACUGUGAUGGCGACACAGCCACCAAAACCCACGCCAAUGCUUGAUUCCGUCACUGUCCUCCACACGAAUUCUUCUUCAUACUAAAUUGUGUCGUGGUUUCAGGUGUUAUUUCCAGUUUUUUUGUUAUGGUUUUUUUGUCACUAGAUUACUCUGUUGAAAAGCAACACUUCCUAAAUGAGGUGUUAGCAGUUGCAUUUAGUGUACCAAAGAAAAAGAUAAUCUUAAAAAUUGCAUUUUCCAAGGGUCUCAUUACAUAUCUAUGUCAUGUUAAAAGUAUGGCCAAAGAAUGUAGUUCAGUUAUUCAGCAUAUUCUGCAUUGACAGUACAGUGAAAGUUUUGUUGACUAUAAUAUCCACUGUGAGAAGUGCAUUUUGCAUACUUAGGAAUAGCACCAUAUAUCUGCACUUAGAAAACACACACAGCCCAUCUAUACCGUUUUUAAUAUCGAGAGCUACUGUUUAAGUGUAUAUAAUGUAUAGAGAAGUACAAAUUUGUUGCUUACAUAUUUUGUAUGCCACUGUCAGAAGGUUAUGAAAUUUAGUACUAAAGUAAUUGCAAUAAUGUAAUGUGUACAGAAUCUGCAGCAGUAUCAUCUAUACAUAACAAACUUUUUCAUACUAUACUGUGCAUGUAUGUGUGUGUGUAUAUAACCUGAUGGAUUUUCAUUAGGUCUUCCUUAAUAGGGGAUUAUGUAAUAUAAAUGGAGGAGAAGGUUGUCUUUAUGCAAUGAGAUGGGAUUAUAAAUGAUUAUAUAUAUA